AUGCGUUUCACCACCGCCGCCGCUGCUACCGCCUUCACCAGGCUCGCUGCCGCCGCCGUCCAUGGCGAGGGAGCUCUCGGCACCACCAUGGGCCCCGUCGACUUCCUCUGGCCCUACAGCCGUGCCUGGAGCGCUGAGACCGACAACAUCGCUCCCUGCGGUAGCCCCGAGGGCCCCACCAAGAGGACCAACUUCCCCUCAGUAAGUCUGAAUCCGAAUCCCUGCUCUUGUUUUAACGGGCACGACAAGGGAACCGUCGCUCUCUCCAUUGCCGAUGAUGCCUACAACGUAGCCUUCUUCGUCGCCGUUGAUGACAACCCCAUCUCCAUCAACUCUUUCCAGUCUCAGGUUGUCAGCAACAUCAACUCCAUCGAGGCCGGUCACCAGUGCUACCUCGUCAACAACCUCCCCACCAACGCCGCUGCCGGCACCAACGCCACCAUCCAGCUCAAGUACUGGGCUGAUCCCGAGGAUGAUGGCACCCAGGAGGUCUACUACGCCUGCGCCGAUAUCACCUUUGUCGAGCUUGAGUCCUUCGACACCAACCCCCUUGCUUCAACCGACAGCUCCUCCAGCGACAAGUCCAACUCUGACUCGUCCUCUGACAACACCUCCUCUUCUUCCGGCGGUCUCAGCACUGGUGCCAAGGCCGGUAUUGCCGUCGGUGUCGUCGUCGCUUCCCUCGCCGUUGUCGGCGCCGUUGCCUUCCUCGUCUUCCGCCGAAACAAGAAGGCUCCCGCUGACACCGAGGCUCCCACCGGCAAGGAGGUCCGUGAGGUCUCUCCCGACCGCGUCAGCCGCCGCUCUUAA